AUGGAACAACACCUCAAACUUUCUGCCACUAAUGGCACGCCCUUGGAAAAUCCAUCUACUUAUCGUCGCUUAAUCGGACGUCUCAUUUACUUAACUAUCACCCGUCCUGACAUAACCUACUCCGUUCACAACUUGAGUCAGUUCAUGCAUACACCUCUUCAACCUUACUAUAAUGCUGCUCUUCGCUUGCUUCGCUAUCUUAAAGGUACCCCAGGUAAAGGCAUUCUCUUGCCAUCCACUGGUUCACUUCAUCUCACGGGCUAUUGUGACUCUGAUUGGGCGAGCUGCCCGAUGACUCGUCGCUCUACUAGUGGUUAUAUUACUAUGCUCGGUUCCUGCCCUAUCUCCUGGAAAACAAAGAAGCAAGUUACUGUGGCUCGUUCUUCAUGUGAAGUCGAAUAUCGCUCCAUGGCUUUGCUUUGUUGUGAAUUAGUUUGGUUGAAAACCUUACUACAGGAUCUCCAUAUUUCCCAUUCGGAGCCUAUCACUCUUCAUUGUGACAACAAAGCCGCGCUCCAUAUUGCCACCAAUCCUGUUUUCCAUGAACGGACCAAACAUAUUGAAUUAGAUUGCCACUUUGUUCGUGACAAGAUCACUGAUGGGCUCAUCAAGCCUUCAUACAUGCCCACCGACAAUCAGUUGGCCGAUCUAUUUACAAAAGCUCUAGGCAAGGACAGGCUUCUACUUCUACUUGGCAAGUUGGGCAUGUAUGAUAUACAUGCUCCAACUUGA